AUGAUCCUCGUGCGCACACGGCUGAUCGCCACCGUCGCCGUCUCCAUAGCUGUCAUUAGCGCCUUCUACCUGCUCCGCCCAAACCGGCCUCUCCCGCUUUACUUCACAUCGUCCAUCCAGACCAAGUCCUCCACCACUACUUCGUCUCCGAACGAGAAACCCUACGGCCGGGACUACAGAGGCCACGCAGAGCCGGCAGAUAUCAACCGCGUGGCCAAUGGCACCCUUGGCUUCGGAAAGGUGUUUGUCGUCGGGCUGCCCGAGCGCACCGACAAGAGGGACGCCAUGACCCUGUCGUCGUCGCUGACUGGCUUCGACGUCGAGUGGGUGGACGGCGUGCGCGGAGAUAGCAUCCCGGACAAGGCUGUGCCCUUUGGCGUGAAUCGCAAGAAGCUGAUGGAGACAAACCUGGGCAGCUGGAGGGGACACAUGAACGCGAUCAGGAGGAUCGUUGAACAGAAUCUCGACUCUGCUCUGAUUAUGGAGGACGACAUGGACUGGGACGUCCGCCUCAAACCCCAGCUCGAGCUCCUCGCCUCCGGUGCCCGCGCCGUCAUGUCCUCCCUCCCCGAUGCCUUCUUCCCGACCGGCCGCCCAUCUACUGCCGCAUCCUCCUCCUCCUCCUCUCCCGACUCAGCUCCAAACAGUCCUUACGGCGACGACUGGGACAUCCUCUGGCUCGGUCACUGCGGCGAGCCCUUCCCUGAGGACCUGGUCGAGAACAAGGACCUCCCUCCCGAAGACCGAGGCCGCAAGGCCAUGGCCCGCAAAUGGACCAUCCUCAACGACGCCACCGUCCCGCCCUACGAUCAUCUUACCGGCAUCGUCGACUUCGCCGCCCACCCGGAGCACACGCGCUGGGUACACGUCACCGCCGCGCCCAUCUGCACGUUUGCCUAUGCCGUCAGCCUACACGGGGCCCGUAAGAUCCUCUACGACCUGAGCGUCGACAGGCUGUCUGGGCCGUUUGACAAUGCGCUGGCUUGGUUGUGCCGGCGGGCUGUGGGGAGCUGGGCCGGGCUUGGGCGGGGGGAGGACCCGAACACCCUGGGGGAUCGAGGGUUCGAUGCCAAGUGUUUGAGCAUUACACCGCCGCUGUUCUUUCAUCAUAAGGCGAAGGGACUCGUGAAUGCUGAUAGCGAUAUUCAAAACUAUGGUGGGGGUGGUGGCGGAGACAAUGAGAAGCCGCCUGAAAUUAGGGACAAGGGGAAGACGGAGAAUAUCAUGUGGAGUGCGAGGAUGAAUAUUGCUAACAUGAUUGCCGGCAGGGAGAUGGAGAGCCAGUUUUGA